AUGCUCUCACGGCACGACGAAGCUCUCACGGCACGGCGAAUGCUCUCACGGCACUCACGAAUGCUCCGCGAUGCUCCCGCAAUGCUCCCGCGAAUGCUCCCGCGAAUGCGAAUGCUCCCGCGAACGCUUCCCACGAACGUCAGCGAGGGCUCCCGCGAAGUGCUCCCAGAGCACUCACCAAUGCUCACAGAGCUGAGGCAUUCGUCAUACCCACUCAAGGUGAGGCAACCCUCAUUUGGGCUCCUUUGGAUUGAUACACCGUCCUCAAAGGAUAGGAAGGCCGCACCAGUCCCUCAAAAGAUAUCUAACGUGGGUAUCCUCAAUGCCGCUGUACGGUCAGUCGCAGGAUACUGA